AUGCAGGGUGAGAUGCACUGCAAGGCACCAGGCCUGCAACUGCUCCGACAGAAGGCGUUGAAUCGACUACGGUCGUGGCCGAAGCACGAGUUCCUGCACGUGAAGCUGGAAUGGAACCAGAGUGCGAACAAGUUGGCAAGUGCGGCGCUGCAACGGGAAGAAGGCGAAAUAGUCCCCUCAGAGGACGGUCGCCAGGACUUGAUCACCCUCAACCGACUGGGCGACAUGCUGAAACCAAAAUUGAUCGAGACAGUCGUCAGCGUAAACGCAAUCACGCGAGCCGCUGAGAGACAACGACACAUACUGAAAGCGAUGGAAGAGUCUAUCAUACAGCGCAUACGGUAUCAGAGGAUUAGGCAGGGCCAGGAUGAAGAGAAAUGGAUUGCGGAUCUGAAGAAGUACCUGGACGGGGAAGUGAGUGCCUUGACAGCAGAAGAGGCGAAGACAUGCUCGAAGAUAGCCGCGAAUUACGAAGUAGACGAGAAUGGGCUACUCUUCUUUUGCCCCAAGGGAGAAGCACCAGGAAACAUCCAGGGUACAUAUCCCUUCCAGGUGAUUUCCAUGGACCACAUUCCGUCGUUGCCGAAGUCAUUCAAGGGGAACACCGAACUGUUGAUUUGGGCCGACUUGUUCACCGGUUAUGAAAUAGCCAAGGCUGGUCCGUCGAGAGAGGCGCAGGCAAUGGCUGAGAAUUACGAGGAAUGCGUCUUCCGUCGUUUCGGCGCAAGUGAAAGCGCGACAAUAGCUUACCGCCCACAAGGGAACGGCAAGGCCGAGCGAACGGUGCAAACCCUGACACGAGCCCUGAAGAUGUAUGUUGCAGACGUCAACCAACAAGACUGGGACGACUAUGCAGAGCGGCUGAUGUUUGCGUUGAAUACGGUACAUGAUCGAGUGAGGGGAGAAACGUCGUUCUUCCUAGUCCAUGGAUGGGACCCGCGAGCCAGGGAAGCUGUCAACGAGAAUAUACGUGAUGCGAUCAAGUCUAGGGCUGACCAGCACAACGAAAACGUUAGACCACACCGGAUUGAGGAAGACACACAGGUAUGGCUUUACCUGGAUCGCGUAAAGGAAGGCUACGCUCGCAAGCUCGCACACAUGUGGCAUGGACCGUUUCGCGUAACCGAGCUGAUCGGCAAUCACGCAGCUCGUCUCGAGACCGCAGGCUCAGGGUAUCGAAUCUCCCCGAUAGUACAUCUGUCGAAGUUGAAGCUAGUGCGAACAUUCCCAGAUCGGCCAAAAUCCGUGUUGAACACCGAAGACGACGAUCGGGUAGACUUCGACGAAGAACUGCUGCCCGACGAUAGCUGGGACACCCGAUAUGGGCGGGUGCACCGAGAAUUCCAGGUCUAUUGGAAAGGCUAUGACCAGCCGACAUGGGUGAAUGAAGCCGACCUCAAUUGCGCCGCUCUGUUGUACGAGUAUGAGCGCGGACGUACCACCCGCAACCGCUUCUACGUGAUGCAAUCACACGAAGAAGGAAUGAACGCUGAGUAA